UCAAGUUUAAGGCAGCUAAGACUGCUCUUCAUUCACACUGUAUUUGUUGGAGUAUGUGUGCAAUAAAGGUGUCUAAAACCGUGUUUAUGUGUGUUUCGAUGCUGUGGGUGACCCAUUUUGUGACCUUGCAACCUUUGUAUUGAUGACGGGCACCAUGAUGAGGAGGAUGGACACAAGGGAGACAGAGAUUGACCUGAGAGACACAGGGGAUGGUGAGGAUGAUGAGGGACAACAGGCAUGGAAGACACAGCUGGAAACCGUCCUGGAGGAAGAGGAGGAGGAAGAUGUCAUCUCUACGCAAAGUGACACCAGGCCUCUCAUCAAUGAAAGGGAUCCAAGACAAAUAAAUGAGUGUCUAAAGGUGAGUUUUGAGGAUGUGAUAGCAGAGCCAGUGUCAGUACGCAGUGGGGAUCGGUUGUGGAUCUGGAGUCAUGCUCUUUUCGAGGUGUCCAGGGUCUGGUUUUAUCGUAUCAUCACAGCUCUUCUGGCUGUUCCUGUGUCCUUCAUUGCUGGAAUUCUUUUUGCCAUUCUCAGCUUCAUUCAUAUCUGGUUCUUCACACCAUGUGUGCAGGUGAUUUUGAUUAACACUGUUUGGUUGCACACAUUAUGGAGCAAUGUAUUAGACAUCUUCAUCCUACCCUUCUUCCAAAGCGUUGCCAAGUGCUGCAGUGGUAUUAGUGUUCUUCUAACACAGGAAUGAGAAUUGUUCACUGGAAUCAAUUCUAGUGGAAAUUUCAGAACAAAAGAUUAUGGUCUGAUGCCUGGACUAUCAGACAGGAUGUGUGGUGUCUAAAAGAUUUCUUGUGGCCACUUGACUCCUGGUUUAUCUUACAGGGGACCUUGCCAAACGACGAGCAUUGUAAAUGUUAACUGUCAAAGACAGAGAGCAACUACAUUUUCUUAGCAUGAGUUUGCUUAAGUAUGAAAGUAUUUUAAAAGGAAUAGUUCACCCCAAAAUGAAAAUAUAUUACUCGCCUUCAUGUUGUUUCUCAAGCUCUAAAAAUGUCAAGUAAGCACAAUUAUAAAUAUAUAAUAAAAUUAUCAUAAAAGUAGUCCAUAUGCUGUAUUUCAAGUCUUUUGAUGCCAGACGGUAGCUUUGUGUGAGAAACAGAUGGAAAAUUAAGUCUUUGUCGCAGCUCUCAAAUCAAAUUUACUGCAUUAUUAAACUUGGCAUGUCAAGAUUGGUUCCGCGACACGCAACAACCUAUGUAAUUUGGCAUUAUAAUUUCAAAAAAAGGUUAAACUCUUCCUCAUACAAAGCUCAUUUGCCUUCAGAAGACUUUAGUGUAUAUUACAUUUAUUGUUUUGUUAUUUUGGAAUGAAAUGAGGGUGAGUAAAUGACAGAAUUUUCAUUAUUAGGAGAAAGGACAGUAAAGAAGGUUUAACUGGCAGAUGUUAUCUUUACCUAUAAAUAAAUAACCUUUGGGUGUUCCAAAUUCUCCCAUUCAUUUUAAUUGAAGUGGCCCAUCUCUGCUAAAUAGUCUGUUUUCGAAAUUCGCCUGUUAAUCAAUUUAAGCAUGCGUAUUAUCUGAACCAGCCUGACAAAUAGCAUUGUUUUAGAGUGACCUGAGCUAAAGCAGCACAAUGUAUGAUGCCAAUGUUGUCAGAUAUUACUGCUGAUUUGAAAUAUGUUCUUUAGUCAUAAUCUUGACCAACUGUUUUGGAGAUUUCUGUCUUUCCCCGUUGAAGUAGAUAGCUCUGUAUUUUUAUACUGCCUUCAUGUGCUAUUGGAAUUAUCCUAAAUACGAGUUUCCCCACUCUGAAGUUGCACAUGAACUACGCUUCAAGUCGGAAUUACGACGGAAAUGUGGAGAUAAUUUUGAUACCAGAGUUUCCCAGUUGGGGAGAGACGUAAACUUUCAACAUGGUGGAGGAGAGUACGGUUUCUAUAGUGAAUGACAGUAUAUAGUAAUUUUUCAAAAUACAGUUAAUUGUUAGUGCUUGCUUAUUCGGACAUAUUCAUUUAUGUAUAUCAGUAACCAUUUGAUAUGUUUUUGGAACAUUUUUACACUGUAAAAAUAUAUUGUAUUUGACGAAAAUUCCAUUAUUGUCAGCAAGCUAACAAGAGUAUUAUGGUGUCAAAAUUAAAGUUCCUCAAGAAAUA